GGACAUUUGACUUGUUAUUGUGUUUUCAUCAAAGUUAGCUCCGACAUGUCUGCAUCGUUGUUCAGUUGUUCUGAAAGACACUCAGAGGAGUCGCCGUUUCAAUUUUUUCCGGUUUCCACACUGUGAAAACUGAGUGAUCUGUGCCAACAGAAGGAGGACCUCAUGUACAGAGCAGCACAUUUGUUUCAUUCAUCUGGUUGUGGAGAAGGGAGACUGCAUGGACAUCCUUAGUUCUCUAAUGUGCUGUGAUGAUGAUGAUGAUGGUAGAAAACCUCCCAGUUCAUCUUCCUCUGAGGAAAUGACAGACUAACUGCUGAUGAGUUUGUUUAUUAUUCACUGUCUUCAGUAUUCACAGGUUCAGUUUCUUACCUGCAGCUUCAUUUCUGCUGUUGUUGACAGGUGAUGGUAGCAACACUUUUAAGAUCAGAAUUUAUAAUAUUAAACUGUGAUGGAUCAUCUCUAGCACUGUCACCACCUCCACAGGUGAAAGUAUUUACCAAUUAACAUCAGCGAGUUUUUUGAUCCUUCAUUUUCAGUGUUGUCGGACAGCAUUUAAAUAUUUCUAGUAUUUAUGUUAUUGAUUAAUGCUAACACUGAAAUAGCCACACAAUGCUGUACAUGUUACUAUUGUGAAAAUUCAUACCAGAUGUGUUUUAUAAAAACCAUCAACAACGUUAAAGCAAGAGCUUCAUGAAUAACUUUAUUGGACAUUAUAAACUACAUUAAUUUAAACAAUUUACAACACUGGAAAUGUAUAAAAGAAUGUAAUACAUGGAUUAAUUAAAUACUGUAGUGUAAAAUUUCCAGUCAACUGUAACUAUUUAAAAUUGAAGUUAGUUGUGGAUGAAGUUAAAGCUGAAUUUCACUGUCAUAUGUAAGUUUGCUUAAUAAAAAGAAGUAGUUGAAUCAACAGUGCAAAGAAUUUUUAGUAACAAGUAUAAUCAUUAUUCAUCAUGAGUCCUAAUGUGUGAGACAGUUAAUAUUUAUUUGCUCCAGUAACAAUCUCCCUCUAAAUAAGUGACGCUGUUGGAACAGCACACUGAUAUUAACUAUAAUGGCUGAGGACUAUGAAAUAUGAACUCUAAUGUUUUAAACUAUUGAUGAUUUGUUACAGCUACAGUGGAGUCCAAAAGUCAUGUGACUGUAUGUCUGACGUGGGGCAGAGAGUGUAAUACGAUAGUGAGGGUGUAGGGAACCAGGAAGAGCAGAGCUGAUCAGACUGAACAAUGUUAUGGCCACAAGAGUUACAUUAAAAAAUACUAUAUUAUCAUAUAAGACACUGUCUGUGUUUGGGAAGAGAAGAUCUUCAUGUGUGGACACUGCAGGUGGAGGUGGUGCAGGGCCUCCAUCAUUGCUGCAAGAGGUUGUAGGUGUCCCCAAAGAUCCAGACCUUGGCUGGAUGGAAGAAAACAUUAUAAUAGAGAGAAAUCAUAUCAAUACAGGGCUGAUAGCACUCCGGCGUCACGAGGUCCAAGAUCCAAAAGGCGCUUUCACUCUAAACCACACCAGUAGGCAUAGCCAUCUUAAGCCAAUCGGUGAUAGGGUAGGGGGUGGUCUUGGGUUUUGGCCAAUCAGAUGGAUUCAGCAGUCACCCCCACGUGUUGUGUGUUUUGUGUUUCCCACACUGGCAGCGUGAAACAGCCGAAGUCCUGGAGUGCAGCUUUAUGAAGCCAGGGGAAGAAACCAAACGUUUCGAUAAAGGUAUAAAGAAUAAAUAGCGUUGGUCUUGGAUAGAGGAUGUGGGUAGAGACGGAAAGCCCUUUGGAAGCUGGUGUCAAAAACUCCGGCAACCAGGAGCAUGUUUCUGCACUUUCUGUGCAAGGAAAAUAUUAUAUGGAACUAGCGGGAAAAAAGUGCUGCCACGGCAUCAAGCAGCUUUACGAGCAAUUCAACUUACCUCACGUUUGCUGGGGCUGUUGGCCCUAAGAGCCCGGCCCGCACAUCAUUAAUAGCGGCUGACAUGAUGGGCAGCUCGCCUCUGUACUGGCUUUGUGAACAUUUGUGUGUAAUUUGUGAUUUGGCUUGAGAUGCUGGUAGUGGUUGUUGGGGACUGGGCUAAGUUUAAAAUUCUGAUUGUUGGACACAUUAGAAACAGGGGAGCUGCUUCUUGUGUUUUUGGGUUGGUUAGACUCGCAGAGUUAGGCUCUUUGUUGGCUCCUGUUCCCCUACUUCAGUUUUCCUCUUGGCUUCUUUGUAUUUGUAUUUAAUUAUUUACCCUCCUGGUUACGCAAUAAAUGAAAUCAGUAAAUUUGAUUUACUAAUAACACCUGGUUUUAUGUUGCUUCCCUUUUCCAUCAGCUGGGUCGUAACAUUAAGACCACCAACAUAUGGUGACUGGGGAUGCCAGUAACCAACAUGUGGACAGUGAACUGACACCUGGCUCUGUGAGCAGUAAGUAAGUGAAAUACUCGGUGAGUAAAAUUUCCAGGGCUGUUGUAUCUUCUUUGCUUGCAGAAAUCAACUGCCUGGUACUGGAUGUGAGUCCCACAGCAUCGGAGGUUUUACUUUCUCAGCAAAGUGGUUCCACAAAGGGUUUAUAUCUUGAUGCUUCAUGUGAACAGUGUGACAUCUACUGGCUUAAAUGCAAAAUGGCCAAAUACAAACGUUUGUAUAUCACCAAUUGAAUGUAAGUAUAAGGGAAAGCAUGACUGUAUUUUAUAAUCCAAGUAUAUAAAAUCAAAAGCAAAUCAAAAUGUUUUGUAUGCAUCAAAUGUGUCAAUAUGAGUCAAGUUCAGCUCAAUGUCUUUGUUUUAACUUAAGUGUCAAAACUGUAGGUUGGUUUUGUAAUGUGGGCAAAGAACAUGUAGCUUUCCCGUUUAAAUGUCAGCUUUGGUGGUUUUCCUGUAAAGGUGCAAUAUAAGAUCUGGCCAGAACAUUAGUUUUAAAAUGUUAAAAAAAAUAAAUAAACACUAUCAACAGUGUGUGAAGCAGCCACAGUGAUGUCAUGAUCAAGACCUCCAUCUGUUGUAUUUCAGUCAUCUACUGAAAUGAGCAUGGUAAACAGCCAGAACCGACCUGUCCUGUGUUGUAAUACCACUUUGUGACGCUAGAGGCUGUGUGAGUCAGUGGCGCGUCAAGUCUGCCCUCAGUCCCACGAAGAAGAACAACAAACAGAAAUGGCUGAACCUCCUAGAAUAUAUUCAUCUGCAUCCCGAAGGACCGCUCCCAACAAGAAACCACGUUCAACGGCGAAGAAAAGAAGCAACACGAGUAAAUCUCGAUGUGGCUUUCCACCGCUGGAGAAGCUCCUGAGAGGAAAGAGAUGCGGUUUGAUGCCGAGCUCGCAACUUUCCUGUUAGCCUGGAGAUUUCAGUACACCUGUCUUUAUCAGGACCUGAGCCAGUACAGGUGUAAUACCGCCUCCACCUGUCUCACCAACACAGACACAGUGAGGAGGGUCCAGGACCAGAAGUCCAGUCUAAUCACCACCAAUGAUGCACCAGCCUUUUCUUCUGCAUCUGGCCUCUUCAAUCAACAACAUUACAUCAACACCUUGAGGGAUCCAGAAUCCACCUCGGGCCAGAAACCAGCAAGAAACGCUGCAUGUUGGGUAAAACCGGUACAAGCUGAUGUAGAGGACCAAAUAUCACAUCAUGUCUGAAACUGUGGAUGUGACCACGGAGCCUGUGACAUGGCCCAUAGCUCCAGACGGAUACGUCCCCAACUCUGUGAUCCGGAGCUUGAGGAGGAAGGGGCGGGGACUCGGCCAAACAGACUGCUGGGAUGACAUCAACUUAUACAGUCUUCAUCAGGACACAGAGGAGGAUGAGGAUGUGAGCGCCAGGGUCUUCUGGCUCUUUGAAGAUGACGAGGACGAAGAGGAAGAAAUUACGUUCGAUGUGAAAAGGAGGAAGAAAGACGAGGAAGAGGAUGAUAAAAGAGAUGUGAAGGGAAAAGAGGAUAAAAAGACAGAGACGGUAAGAAAGAAACAAACAGAAGUGGAGGGAAAGGACGUGACGGAUAGAAGACACGUCCUGAAACCAUCCCACGACUUCCAGACAAAGACUCAUCUGAACCACGACGACGGAAAAGUGAAGCCUCCGAGGCAAGAAGCCAGUUCGACAAGGACUGUGAACUUCCUACCAACCUCCUCUCAUGAACCAACACCUGCACCUUUGAGAGACCUGAGGGAACACAUGAAGCUUCCUGAAGCCGUCACACCUCCGCUGCAACAUCCAUCAAAUACACAGAGAACAUCCACUUUCAUUCCUCAAGUGCGGCCAAAGCCUCCUGUGGUGUCAGCAGAUCCUCCCAUCCCAAAGCAAGGUCCCCGUCAAUCGUCCUUCACUACUGCAGAACCCAGUUUUACAAGGUGUCUACCAACCACAGAGCCCCAGAACUGGACUUCUCAUCCCCAGAAGUCUGCCCCUUCAAUCCCAGAGGAUCCUCAACCCCAACCAGACCCCAGCCCCCCUGAACCAAUCAGAGAUAAAAGGUUCCUCCUGUCCUCGGACAAGUACAGAAACAUCAGCGACCAAGAGACGGUGACCUUUGAUAGAAAAAUCCUGGAGUUCUAUAAGAAGUUGAAAUUGUCACGCUGUGGAAAAGUCUCCAGCCCUGCUCAGCGCUUUCCUGUUUCUAGAGCUACACAAAGGGGGCGGAGUCUGAACGGUGGCCUGAGUAGCUCUUCAGCAUUUGGGACGAAGUCGUCCACUAUUCAAACUAGUCCCAGCCGCCCACUCUGUCCUGACCCUGCACGAUUUGCACAAGGCGUCACCUCUAUCGAAGACCAAGGAAGCCACGAGCGCGCAACAACAAAGCCUCUAGGGAAGCCCUCCAAUGCCAGACAACUGACUUCAGUCCAGCUUGGUCAGGGAGCAGCACAUCACAGGGUGGUGCAGAGCAUUCAGAUGAAAGACACUCAGGAGCUGGCCUCCUCCUCCUCCUCCUCUCACUUCCAUCAUGUGAUCCCAAUGGCCUCCCAACACAGCUUCUUUACUUUGGAUCCCUGUGGGAAGACUCGGUAUGGAAGGCUGCAGUUUGACUGGAUGAGGCUGAUAUGACUCGGACAAGCCGCAGAAAGUCUCGGCAAUUUAGACCAACGAUACCGCUCAGGAAGUCGUAGAUGAAAACAGGGACUUGUACCAUCUUAAUACGUCUGCUCAGCAACUGGCCAGCUGUUGCACCACUUCAGCAAAUAAUAAAAUAAUCUUUUGUGCAUUA